AUGUCUGGUCUAUUGCAGGAAAUUGGAACUCCUUGCCCAGUAAAGUCAAGGAAUUCGAGAAACAGUGAUACUAUCCAUACAUUUGAUAGCUCGUGGGAAGGAACCUUGGAAUGUGGCGACGAUACUGCCAACCUCGAUUUCACCACUGCGAUCAAAAACAAUGCCUUGAUUAGAGUCAAGCCCAAGCGAAGGGUGAAGGCAGGAACAUCGUUCGCAAUCCACGAUGAGAACAAAGAGAGACCUACGCACGCAGUGCCGAAACGAAAAGGAGAGAGCACAAUCACAGCCAGAGUUUCUGGCCGCAAAUCCUCAUUGCUUGCCCAACCAGCCCAUCGAUUCCGUCCGAAAGUCAGCUUCGCCUCGAGUUCGCCAUCCAAACCACAGCUCCAGAAAGCAGAAGUCAAGCACCAGAGACAGAACAUAGAUGCCGGUGCAGAGACAAACAGGUCAUUACUAAUGCGAAUCAGCGGCGGAGGAGGCGAAGAUGAACAUAAAGAUAAACUCAAACGAGAUGUGCGCCGCAAUACGGUUUUCAUUCCCCCGGACGAUACUACGGUCGCCAGCGUGUUUAUGAGUAUGUUCAGUCCGCUCAAGUCCGACAACCUCAAUCACUAUGUUCCAGAGGACACAGAGAUCAACAGCCUGGAGUCACAAAUUGUGCGGAAACGGCAAGCGAAGACAACGAUGGCCUCUGGUCGAAAGACUCCGCUGCAACCAAGUCUUGAAGUGGUGCAACGAAGUGCCAUGAACAUCGAUAUCGCUGGCAAGAACACUGGAAAGGAGAAUAUUCCUCCAGGGGCAAUGAUCUUCAAUUCCAAUGACAAAAGUCUCUGGAAAUCAAAUACGGAAGAAAAAUUGAACUCAGAAUCGCCUAGAGCCCUAUCAGACAAAGCCCGUCCUUUUGCAACCCCUCUGGCGAGGCCACUGGCGAAAGUGGCCACCAGCGAAGGGCUAAGAAGAUCUGUGCCCGGUGAGAAACGAUAUAAUGCUAGGGCAUCUGUAAACGGCAUCGGCAGUAGAAUGGACGGUAUCGUCAGAAGCGGCUCGAGACUUGAAGGCGCCGUUCUGUCCGCUUCCAGGAGAACACCCCUUUCGAAUGCGCUCAAACAGUCCAAAACAUACAAAAGCAACGCAUCGCUAGUCAAGAAAGAGACGGCAAUGACUGGUUUUGCACUCAUAUCCGACGAUAUUGUCAACCCAGCGAUGUAUGAGGACCAUUGGCUUGCGCAUCAGGAAAUAGUAAUCACGCAGUUAAUCAACCGAUUAUUCGAUCGAACGGACGGUCAGGUGAGAUAUGAUGACCCUGCAGCACGCAGACAUGAGCUUCUUCAACUGUAUCAAAGCGGACCUUUUGUCGAACUUCAUAAGAGAUUGCAAGCGUCGUUGACGUGUGGCUCUCUCAGUAUACCAAAAGAUGCUCUAGCACAAACAAGGCGUUUGAGACAUGACUUGGGUAUGAAGCGGAAGUUCUUGGAUAUUUGGUUGGAAACGUACGACCUUCGAGCACUGAGAGCAGCUGCCGAGACGGUUACCGGAAGAAGAGUUGAAAAUGAGUCCCUUGAUGGAGAUUCCCAUCAUUUCUCGGUUGAAACGACUACAGAUAAGGAAAAAAUCCUCAGACGAAAACUGGAACGAUUCUUGGAUGUCUUCUUGGUGCAAAACAAAGAUAUAGAUCGUGAUUCCCAGGAUCUUAGCUACGCGGGCUCAGAUAUGAUUUCCCAAGCAUAUCGCCGUACAGUCCUUCGGAGUAUCAUGAUGGUUAUCCUUUUGGACAAGGCGAGAUUGUGUCCAGGAACAAUACUUCCAAGUUGCCUUUUUAGGUUCUCGUCAUCUUUCAAGUCUUCCACAGCGGUUAUGCAAGCACUGGCCCGUCUUCUGCUGCCAGCAUCGGGUGACAUUCUGAAAUCACUCAAACAUUUGGACUGUCUCUUGUCAUAUGAACAGCACCAACUUCAAGAGUACGAGUAUCAAAUGAGUAAUCUUGCGGUUGACCUCAGGGACGGUGUGCGAUUGAUUAGGAUUGUGGAAUUGCUCCUUUAUCCAUCAGUAGGGGCUGUAGGGGAGUCAGUGCCGCCACUGGACAACGAUCAAUGGCCGCUAUCGAGACGUUUAAAAUUCCCCUGCUCGAGCCGCACAGUGAAGAAGUUCAAUGUACAGAUUGCUUUGGAUGCUUUGAAGUUGGCACCAGAUGCUGCGCCGCUUGUUCGUGACGUGCACGCCGAAGACAUAGUUAAUGGCCAUCGCGAGAAGACGAUUGCCUUGCUAUGGGGGUUGGUCAGUAGAUGGGGUCUUUCGGAGCUCAUCGACUGGGAUGAUGUGAGGAAAGAGAUUGACAGACUGAGGCAGAAAGCUACAUCACAGCUCGGAUACGAACAGGUCAACGAUGCAAAUUUGGUUAAGGAGAAGAGUCCUAAUGACGAAAUUGCAGAAGACGACGAAGCUAUUGUAUUGCUCAAGGAAUGGGCAACCAUCUUGGCUCAUCUGAGUGGGCUCCAGUUGGAAAAUCUCAGCACAAGCUUUGCGGAUGGAAGGAUCUACGAGGCUAUAGUGAACGAGUACGAAGAAUAUAUCCUGGGCAAUGUCGCAUCAAGUCCUGGCCGAAAGCCAACCUCGUUGGCAGCCCGUCUACGAGCACUUGGCUGCAGUUCUCAGUUUGGUGAGUUUAUCUCCAGAUUGCAGCCCAGGGCAACGGCUAACCGAUGA